GUUCAACACCGCCCCGCAAGCUCAUCUCCGAAUAAAACCAAGUUAUUUCAUUAUCUCUUUCUUCUUUUUUUUUUUUCUUCUUCUUUUUCCUCUCUCCUUACAUUUUAUUAUGCCUGAAAUUAUUAAAGAAGGUUAUCUUUCUUUGAAAGAAGAAGGUCUACGAGCAUGGAUUUGGUCAAAGAGAUAUUGUGUACUUCGAGACCAGUCUUUAACAUUCCAUAGAAAUGAGGCAGGACAAUGUAUUGGCUUGUUGUUUUUGAAGGAAAUUGGCUCAGUAACAAGAAUUGACUUGAAACCAUACUGCUUUGAAAUUGCAGCUAAAGACAAGACUUACUUCGUUUCUUGUAAAAAUGAUGAAGAAUUAUAUAGUUGGAUGGACGAAAUUUACAAUAGGUCAUCAGUUGGAACGUCUGGCCCAACUAAUUUUGUACACAAGGUCCAUGUGGGAUUUGAUCCAAUAACAGGCGCAUUUACAGGCUUACCCGACCAAUGGACUCGAUUAUUAAAAGGCUCUGCUAUUACUGCAGAAGACGCCGCCAAAAAUCCUCAAGCUGUUAUUGAUGUACUCGAAUUUUAUGCUGAACAAACCAAACGCGAAGAGGAAGAAUAUGGUGCUUCUCAGCUCCAAGGUGCCGUAGAACGUAUGAGUGGCGUCAAUUGGGCUAAAUUAAUGCAAGAACAACAGUUAAAGGACCAACAACAACAAUUACAACAACAACAAAUGAAACCCAACGUCAAAUUACCACCAAAAACUAUACCAAUGAGACCUGCCCCUCCUCCUCCUACUUCGGGCUUAGCCGAUAUGAAAUUACAGGAUCAACCUCCACCACCAAGACCCACGCAUAAAACGAACUUAAUCACACCAGCUGUACCCGGAAAUUAUGCUUUACCAUCUAGAGAUCCAAAUGGAAGCCCGAUCCCUACUGGCAAGUCCACAAAGGACAUGAAGCUUAAAAAAUUACUAGGACCUGAAACAACUGAAGAAAAGAAGCCUAGUUUAGACUAUUACCAACAACAACAAAAUCAUAGAGAGACCGAGAAGGAGAAGGAGCGUGAAAAGGAAAGAGAGCGAUUACAUCGUGAAAGAGAAAGAGAGAAGGCUGCUGCUCAGGUGUCUUCCAAGAAGAAGGUUGAACAAAGAAUCAGUACAAUGUCUGAAGCUCAAAUCAUGGAAAAGCUUCGUUCAGUAGUUUCAAAGGGUGAUCCUACCGAAUGUUAUAAAAAGAUCAAGCGAGUUGGUCAAGGUGCUUCUGGUUCUGUCUAUGUUGCCAAUUCUUUAGCUACCAACACUAAAGUGGCUGUGAAGCAAAUGGAUUUAGCUCACCAACCACGUAAAGAGUUGAUCGUAAAUGAAAUUUUAGUGAUGAAGGAGUCUCAACAUCCCAACAUUGUGAAUUAUUUGGAUUCUUUCCUUAUUGGCAAUGCUGAAUUAUGGGUUGUGAUGGAAUUUAUGGAAGGUGGUGCUUUAACCGAUGUUAUUGACAACAAUAGUAAAAUGACCGAACAACAGAUUGCCACUGUCUGUCUUGAGACCGUCUCCGGUCUUCACCAUUUACACUCGCAAAAUAUCAUUCAUAGAGAUAUCAAGUCCGACAACAUUUUAUUAAAUGCACAAGGUCAUGUUAAAAUCAGUGAUUUUGGUUUCUGUGCUAAAUUGACAGAUCAGAAAAGAAAGCGUGCCACCAUGGUAGGUACACCUUAUUGGAUGGCUCCUGAAGUAGUGAAGCAAAAGGAAUACGGUGCGAAAGUCGAUAUUUGGUCUCUUGGUAUUAUGGCCAUUGAGAUGAUUGAAAAUGAACCUCCUUAUCUUGAUGAAGAACCCUUGAAAGCAUUAUACUUGAUUGCCACCAAUGGUACACCAACUUUAAAGAAUCCCGAAAGAUUAUCAAGUGAGUUGAAAUCUUUCUUGGCUGUUUGUCUCUGUGUGGAUGUAAGAUCUCGUGCCAAUUCUUUGGAAUUAAUUAACCACGAAUUUCUUAAAAAGGCUGGUCCUUUAGAAAUCCUAGCCCCUUUACUGAAAUUCAGAACAAAGACUAAAAUGUAAACCGAAAUAUGUUUCAUAAACUUUUUUUUUUAUUGCCCUGAAGAAGCCGGGUCAACCGGGGCAGGCCUAAUAAAACAUAAAAAAAAAAAAAAAAAAUAUAUAUAUAUGUAUGAUAUGGAGGGGUGAAUAAAAGAACAAAAAUAGGAAAUAGUGAAUUGUAUUUUGGUAAG